GUACGAAUUAGGGUAGUGGGCGGGCGCGGCGAACGGGCGAACUGCGAAGCCGGCCCUGCUUCUUCUUCUCUACUUCUCUCCUCUCGGGCCCGAUCCGAUUCAAUGAACGACGGGGCGGACGAAUGCGGCUGUGACGUCACGACGGCGCCCUCUCGCUCGUCCCUCCACGACCAUGUUCCACUUCGACUGAUACCUUCGGCGCUUGUUUACCAUUUUAUUUAGACUUUAUUGGACGUUUUCUUCUGGUCUCUUUCCCCGUCUUUGUUUAUAUGCGGCCGUCGACGUUUGUCUAAACAGGAAAAAUGACCGUCGACUUCCGAGACUACUUUUGGGGGGAAAAGAACAAUGGGUUUGAUGUGUUAUAUCAUAAUAUGAAACAUGGACUUGUUGCCAGCAAAGAAUUGGUCGAGUUUUUGAGGGAAAGAUCAUCCAUUGAAGAAAAUAAUUGGAAAUUGGUUAGUAAACUUGCAAAACAAGCCAGUGGAAGUUGUACACAAGGAACAUUUGCCCCGUUAUGGGCUCUUCUCCGUACAACGGCUGAAAGACUGGCCUCGCUUCAUCUUCAGAUGGUCCAAAAAGUGGGUGAUCUAAUGAAAGAAGUUUCAAAAUAUGCUGAUGAACUACACAGAAAGCACAAAACGGUAAAAGAGGAAGAAGGAGGAACUCAAGAAGUGGUACUAGCCAUACAAUCUACUUCUCUGACUCUUCAGAAGGCAAGGGAUUCUUUCACACAAAAAGGAAUUGAACUUGAUAAAUUAAAGAAAGAGAGUGCUUCACCUCGUGAAUUGGAAAAAGCGGAGCAAAAGUUACGUAAAGCUCAAGAUGAAUACAAAGUUUUAGUAGAAAAGUAUGGGAGCAUUAAGGAAGAAUUUGAGAAGAAAAUGUCUAUGGCAUGCAAGCACUUUCAAGAAAUAGAAGAGGUUCAUCUUAAACAGAUGAAGGAGUUUCUAACUACUUAUGCAGAACUUGUGGAAAAUAAUCAUGAUUUAAUGGGACAGGUUCACAUAGAAUUCAAACGUCAGUGUUUAGAAAUGACUGUGGAAAAAUUACUGGAGCAAUUUGUUUUAAAUAAGUACACUGGACUUGAGAAACCAGGUUCUUUAGAAGUGGAGGGUAUCAUGGAUGUUUUUUCAACUUCCGAUUCCAAUAAAGCUAGUCAGCAAGGCUCUAUCGCUUCAACAACACAGCCUACAAAUAAACGGGAAGGUAAUUCUGGUAUAUGGGACAAAUCAAAGCAGUCCCGCCGAGCUACCUCACUCCUCAAUAUCUUCUUGCCUAACUCCCACGGCAAGGACGGUCCAGUUACUUUGGCAACGUCAGCACCUACCAGUCCACUGCCCACAGAUUCUACUUCUAGUAUCUCUCGUCAACCUCUCAGGGGAUCAAAAUAUGUCUGCGAAAUAGCGUCACCUACAGGCAUUUCUGCUUGGACAUCAGGGUUCCUAAGGAGUCGUCGAGAUAAAAAAAAAGAAAAGAAAGGGAAGAAGAAGAAGGAUGCUGUAGCUGAUAAUACAAGUAACAAAGAAGAAAAAUCAGAUACGGAGGAAAAAGAAGACGCACAUAAAUCGAAAACGCCUACACCAGAAGUAGAUGAUGAAGGAUAUUGUGUGCGACCAAAAGUAGAAUCGUGGGAAAUCGAUAAAGGGAGCAGCUUUUAUUCUAGCUCUGAUACAGAUUCAGAUGAAGAGAGGGAGAAAAAGAUUAGAGUUGAAAUAAAACCUUUAAGCAAUGGGGCUGCACCAAUGAGUGCAAGUGUGGAUGAAUUACGUGCCACGGUUGAAAAUUUAUCAUUAUCACCUUUAGGAGGCACAGUACCUACUCGCCGGACAAAUCCAAAUGCAAGCAAUCAUAUGAAAAGGUCGCAAUCAGUUUCACAGCAGAUUGGAGGGAAAGUCAGCAAUGAUCUAGCAAAUGUAAAUUUAGUGCAGAGUCCUACAGGUUCUAGUGCUUCAACUCCUACAGGAAAUCACCCGUAUGCUCCACUUCAAAGUCCAACACCCCCUAUAACAGCUGCUUCUAAUCGUUAUGCAGAUCUAGGAGAUUUAUUCUCUGAAGUUGGUGAAAUUCAAUCCAACACAUUAUCAAAACGUCAAGCAUCUACACCAACUGUGUCUGUGGCUUCAACAAUUGUCAUUCCAAGACCACCAUCAAGAAGAAGUGAGGGGGGUGUACGAAGUCCCAUUCCCAGUUCAUUGGCUCAUGGCGACAGCGUUGAAUUUAGAGCGUCUGGAAUUCCAUUGGGAUCGUCCAGAGGCCCUUCCCCAUUAACGAUUGGGAUGGCAGAUACAAUUCCAUUGGCUGUUGCAUUCCAUGAAAUUAUACAUUGCUAUUUCAAAGGAGCUGAUGAAGAAAAAUGCCAGGUCAAAUUAUGUGGUGAUAUGAUGGUAUCGUUUCCUGCAGGUAUAGUUACAAUACUUACAAACAAUCCUAGUCCUGCGCAACUUUCAUUCAAGCUACAUAACUCAAGCAAUUUGGAUAGCAUUUUACCUAAUAAACAGCUAAUUAAUAUAGACUCUGUUGCUAUUAGGGAAAACAAUGUCUUUGAUUUUAAUAUGAGUGCCUUAACAGCCCUAUUAAGAAGGCAAGCUGAACAGAACUCGACUGCGUCAUAUUUUAAUGUUGAUAUACUAAAAUAUCAAAUAAAAACUAAAACAGGAGCGGAGUCCUGCCCUUUACAGUUGGUUGCUUAUUGGAAAUGUGAAACUAAUCAAACUGAUCUAAAGAUUGAUUAUAAAUAUAAUUCACAUGCGAUGGCGUCUCCAUCACCAUUGCUGAAUUUAACUGUCGCUGUACCAAUUGAUGGAGGAGUGACUAAUUUCCAAUCUAAGCCAACAGCAAUAUGGGUUCCGGAGAAUCAAAGGGCGUUAUGGAAAUUCACAGAACUUAGUCAACAUUGCGACAAAAAUGGGGUCGGUUCAUUGAGGGGUCGAUUUGAAAUUUCAAACGGCCCGAGUGUUCCAAGCACGAUCGCUGCUCAGUUUAACUGUGAGGGUACAACACUCUCUGGAAUCGACUUUAACCUUGUUGGUCAUGGAUACCGAAUAUCAUUAGUGAAACGACAGUUUGUUUCAGGGAAAUACAUCUGUGAUGGAAGCGAAGCAGAGACUAAAUUUCGAUAUUCCACCCCUUCUAAUUUGGAUUGCUAGCAUAAGCAACUCAAUUUGAUUUAUUGUGAUGGGCCUUAAAAAACAUGUUAUACCUACUUAUCAUGUUUAAUUUCAAAUUUUUAAAAAUGUUAAGCUUAUAUAGAAAAUUAAAGAAAAAUGUGUAUUUAUUAAAAAACAAGUUGAAUUAUUGUUCUUUUUAAUUGUUUUGGUAUACUAACCACAAAUAUGCUAUUAUUUUUUAUAUUUAGUCUGUUGUAGAGGAGUAAUUUUUUUGAUCUGUAUAUAAAUUAUAUUUAUACAAAUGGUUAAUGUUCUGUUAAAAACAAUGUGAUCUAAUUUAAAAGAAAGGAAAAAAGAUUUGAGUAAUAUCUAAUAAAUCUGAAAAUAUAUUUUCUUAACGUAAAUGAUAGUAAAUUCCAUAAUACUCAUAUUGCCUUGUACCUAAGUCAUGACAUAAACCAAUCAAGAUAAUUUACAUUUAACUGUUUGCAUUUCAAGUGAUAGCAAUUGACAUACCAAAUUUUUCAUUUAUUGAACUUUUAACAUACAUUAGAGAAAAAAAGUUUUCCUGUAAAUACUUACUUUUUAAAACGUAUUCUAUAUUUUUUUACAAAUGAUCAUUUUAGUUACCGAUAGGGAUGAGGUUAUGUUCAACACAAUAGUGAAUUUGUAAAUAUAUUCUACAAUUAUUGCAAUUAUUGUAUUAAAUAUUAUUUUUAUUAUAAUAAGAAAUAAUUUAGAGUCAUCUUUGUUGGUAUUUGUUGAAAAUUUCAUAGUUUACUCUGGCACAUGUAAGCAUGUGGACAUGUAUAGUGUUUAUAUGAUUAUAUUUUCAAAGGAAACUAGAAAGUAUAAUAUCUAACUAUAAAUUGUUCUUUUGUUUAUUUUAGUCAUUUUUUUAUAACAAUAAUGCAGCUUGUUAUAAUUGAUAUUUUUGUAACUACAGAAUUAAAGAUACAGACUUGGCAUCACUAAACAAUUAAAAAAGCUCGAUUAAUUAAUUACUUAAAUCUUUUUUUUAAAUUUCUUGAGGCAAUGUUCAAUUAUUGCAAAGUGUCUUUAUUGUCCCAUUCCAUUUUUGGAAUAGGAGAUAAUGAUUAAACUUUGCAACUAAACAUGAAACUAUGUUUAACAUACCUUUAAAUUACAAUCAUCUUAAUGUUUAUUCUUCAGUAUUGUGUAUGGUAUCUAAUGCCGUCCAAUAAUUUAAAUGUUAUUUUACAAUGAAGCUAACUGUUCUCAGGUCAUAAAUUUUCUUUAUUUCUUUUUAUAAUUGUGUUUAACACUAGAAAAAUAUUACCAAUGUAUUCUACUUAUUAUUAUUGUGAUAUGAUGUAAUUAAGAUAUCAUGAUGACUUGCAAUUAAAUGAUAACUAUAACAUUUUUAAAAGAAUAUCAGAUUAGUGAAGAAGAAAUCACUACAUAAAAGUACAUUCCUUUCUAACUUUAGAAGUCACAAAAAUAGAUUUUAGGAAUAUCAAUUACUGAAAUUUUAUAGAGCUGUUUUUCUGAAAAAAAAAAAAAUAUAACUCACUAUUGUUAUGCUCAA